GACAUGUCACUUUUCCGAUCAGCUGUGACAAUAUAAAUGUCGAAGGAUUUAUGUAAUUUUCAAUUUUUAUCAUUCGCAUUACCAAAAACACUCCGUGUCCUCUCGUCCAAGUAAAUCUGAAGUGAAAAAGUGAGUUAUCGGGUACAGAAUGGCAUUGUCGCUGCUGGCAAAGAAAGCCAACCUCGCAAAGUCGGCAAAGUCUUUGCUACAGAAUGCUGCGAUUUUGUAUAACGUCAAUCAAAAUCGUACCGCAGCCAAAUGGUAUCCCGAUGCGGAAUAUAUGAAGCAGUUCUCCGGUGUGGUUGCUUAUCCCACUGAAGAACAAGCACUGUGGAAGCAUCCUUCGUAUAAUUCCAUACGUUCACCCGUUGAGAAACAAGUGAAAAAUCUAACACUCAAUUUCGGACCACAACAUCCGGCUGCUCACGGUGUACUUCGUCUAGUGCUGGAGUUGGAUGGUGAAACUGUCAUGCGGUCCGAUCCACACAUUGGACUGUUGCAUCGAGGAACGGAAAAGCUGAUCGAAUACAAGACGUACACUCAAGCGUUGCCGUACUUCGAUCGACUGGACUACGUAUCGAUGAUGUGCAACGAGCAAUGCUAUUCGCUGGCCGUUGAGAAAUUGCUCAACAUUGAUAUUCCGUUGAGGGCCAAGUACAUUCGAGUUCUGUUCGCUGAAAUCACCAGAAUAUUGAAUCACAUCAUGGCUAUCGGUACUCAUGCUCUGGAUGUUGGAGCGUUGACACCGUUCUUUUGGUUGUUCGAGGAACGUGAGAAAAUGAUGGAGUUCUACGAACGGGUUUCGGGGGCACGUAUGCAUGCUGCAUACAUACGACCUGGCGGAGUGUCACAGGACAUGCCACUUGGUCUUAUGGACGAUAUUUACGAAUUCGCUUCGAAAUUUGCCGAACGACUCGAUGAAGUUGAGGAUCUAUUGACCACCAAUCGUAUUUGGGUGCAACGAACAGUCGAUGUGGGCAUUGUAUCGGCCGAAGAUGCUUUGAAUUACGGUUUCAGCGGAGUGAUGUUACGUGGAUCGGGAAUAAAAUGGGAUCUGCGAAAAUCGCAGCCGUACGACGCCUACCAUUUGAUGGAAUUCGACGUACCGAUUGGCACGAAUGGUGAUUGUUACGAUCGAUACCUUUGCCGUAUCGAAGAGAUGAGACAAUCGCUUAGAAUCAUCGACCAAUGUCUGAACCAAAUGCCACCGGGCGAAGUGAAAACCGACGAUGCAAAAAUAACAACACCUUCCCGAGCUGAAAUGAAAGACUCGAUGGAAGCUCUGAUUCAUCACUUCAAACUGUUCACUCAAGGUUAUCAAGUACCACCAGGGUCGACAUACACAGCUAUUGAAGCACCGAAAGGAGAAUUCGGUGUUUAUUUGGUAUCGGAUGGAUCUAGCCGACCAUACCGUUGCAAGAUUAAGGCACCUGGCUUUGCACAUUUGGCUGCACUGGACAAGGUUGGAAGGAAUCAUAUGUUGGCCGAUAUCGUAGCCAUCAUUGGAACAUUAGAUGUUGUAUUCGGAGAAAUCGAUCGAUAAGUAACUGUUGUACAGUUGAUGUUUCCAAUGAAACUAUAGGAAAUAGACCGCAUUGUUUAUCGA